AUGGAAAAUAGGAACAAUGUGACAGAGUUUAUUCUACUGGGACUCACACAAAAUCCAAAGAUGCAGAAAAUCAUAUUUGUUGUGUUUUUGGUUGUCUACAUCAUCUCUAUGGCAGGAAAUGUAUUCACUAUGGUCGCCAUCACUACCAGCUCAUUACUGGGGUCCCCAAUGUACUUCUUUCUGGCUCAUCUCUCUUUUAUUGAUGCCUGCUAUUCCUGUGUUGAUACCCCUAAACUGGUCAUAGAUUCACUCUAUGAAAAGAAAACCAGUACUUUCAAAGGAUGCACAAAUCAAAUCUUUUGGGAACAUUUCCUGGCAGGUAUUGAUAUUAUCCUGUUCACUGUGAUGGCCUAUGACCGCUAUGUGGCCAUCUGCAAGCCCCUGCACUAUACAACCAUCAUGAAUCGCAGGUUAUGCUGGCUGCUAGUGGGAGUGGCAUGGAUGGGAGGCUUUCUUCAUGGACUCAUCCAGAUCCUCUUCAUCUUCAGGUUGCCCUUCUGCGGCCCUAAUGUCAUAGAUCACUUUUUGUGUGACCUGACCCCUUUGCUCAAACUUGCCUGCACUGACACCCACACUCUAGGGCUCUUUGUCGCUGCCAACAGCGGUGUCCUCUGUCUGCUAAACUUCCUUCUCUUGGCUGGCUCCUAUGUGGUCAUUCUGCGCUCCCUGAGGACCAAGAGCUCGGAGGCCAGAUGCAAAGCGCUCUCCACUUGUGUCUCCCACAUGACAGCCGUUGCCAUAUUCUUUGUGCCCUGCAUAUUUGUAUACAUGAGACCUGCAGUUAUUUUGCCUGUCGAUAAAUCAGUUGCUGUAUUCUACACGAUGAUAACCCCCAUGUUAAAUCCUUUAAUCUAUACCUUGAGGAAUGCCCAGUUGAAAACUGCCAUUAGGAAAUGGUUUAUCUUGAUGAUGAUUUCAGAUGGCAAAUAG